AUGCUGACCGAUCCGUCGGAUUUGCUUGAUGCUUCACAAACGAUAUCCACCUUCAAGACUCGGGGCUUGGCAGGUGGUGCUGAUUCACUCGGAAGUGAAGACGAUUUAGACUUGGGGGGGGUCAAUGGAAUUAUGGCAGGUAUCGAUCCGGUAGAAGGUGGAACAUUGCUCGAUGAUCCACGGCGCCGCAACGAGGAGCGCGAUCCAGACAAGGCGGCCAGAAUAUCCUCUUCAGAAUAUUCGAAUGGCUUUGUAUCGAAGAGCUAUGGAGCGCCGGCUGGAAGCUUCUGGACCCGUUUAUUUCCUGUUUGGGAGGUGGAUCGUUUUCUACCCGCGGUGCCUUUAGUUGUUGGAGUCCGUGCUGAUCCUGAUGUAGCUGUGAACCCGUUUGAGCCAAUUGAUCUGGAGGGUCGCAUAGAGACGCGUGUUAUUCCAUCAGAUCCGGAAGAUUUGGCAGAUAGCACUGGUUCAGCAGAUCGCGGAGACUCAUUGGCUGACUUGGCCUUAGAGGUAUCCACCGACUCCGUUCCAGCUUGCGUCCGCUUCGCUGUGCGGGGACGCUUGAUCGGGAGACCGGGAUCCGUGGACCUAGAUCGAUUGCCGGUUGGUACGGUAGCGGAGGCCGUAGACUGUACCAUUGGGGGAAGGCGGAGUGAUCCAGAAGCCAAUUGA